CUGAAAUACGCGAUUUUGGCCUUUCCCAUGAACUGCUCGGCUCGGACCCCAGCGUCAGGGCUAUCGAAUUGGGCCGAUAUUACUGUAUGCCGCCACUGUAAGGGAAGCCGGCCCAAAUGCAAUUUGCGGGGGAAGCUCUUGGUUUGAAGCUAGGUAUCCUGGGCCGAGGAUGGAUAGGGUCGUUUGGGGUACGGGAGACGCAGCGCCUUCUUUGACACAAAAUGCGGAGAAUGCUGUUCGUGGAUUGGCUCGUAUUGCUUUUUCUGUUGAGGAGAGCCAGAAAUCAAUAGUUAACCAACUAGUUCCGAGGUCCUUGAGCUUGUUUUCCAGUGAUAAUGACAGCAGCCAACCGUUGAUUCGAAAUAUAAUAUGUCCCGGAUGUAUGCUUUUAGCAGGGGAAACUACUCGUUCUCUUCUAGAUUCGUUCCUCAAGUGAGAGUUAUUAUCUGAUUUCACAGAAUGGCGGCAAAUAGAUUCAUUGAACCUGGAUCGCCUGACGUGCGCGGGAAGUAUCAGCCAACGGACGAGCACAUUUUCCGGAGCCCCUACGGAGCGUUCCCCAAGGUCGAUGAAGAUCUGAAUGUCCAUGAAUUCCUGUUCCCACCAGAUCAGCCCCUGGGAGCAGACUACGAUCUAUUCAUCGAUGCGAAUACGGGAAAGAAGAUAACGCUGCACCAAUUUUACCAGCGAGUGUGCGCGCUAUCACGAGCAUUGAGAUACGAUGGCGCCAACCCAAUUGGCUUGCAGAAAUCACCCAGAAACGACCGAGAGGACGGAGAGAUAUUGGGUAUUUUCUCGAAAAAUCAUCUAACAUGGCCGCUGAUCUCGCACUCGUGUUUUCGGGCGGAGUUAGUCUUCGGAGGAAUCAGCCCAAACUCAACCCCAUUUGAGCUUUACCACAUCAUGCGCAAGAUGCAGAUCACAUCCGCGGUUGUACAUGAGUCUCUUCUCCCCGUAGUGCGUGAAACUCUGGAGAGAGGACCGCAAGCGGGCGAUGAUAGCAACUUAUCGUUUGUGCUCAACCCAAAGAAGAUCAUCGUCAUAUCUGAUGAUCCAACAGUGGAUUUUGUCGAGGGCUAUCCGACGGUAGAGUACCUGGUUCGGCAAGGGGGGAAGAUGCCGGAGCUAAGUAGAAAACUGAGGGGAGGGAAUAACCUAUGUUAUCUCUUUCAGUCAUCUGGAACCUCCGGGUUUCCAAAGGCGAUGAUGAUCUCACAUAAGAAUGCGAUCCACACAUCCAUGCAAGGCGCGAUCACUGCGAUGAAGACAGCGCAAUUUGGAUGGCUUACGUUUGAAUUAGGUGUUGUACCGGCGUACCAUUCGUUUGGAAUGAUCCUUUGGACGCUGCGGGUAAACCUCAGCCCUUCGACCAACAUCCUCAUGUCAAAAUGGAACUUGGAGCAAGCUCUCCAGCUUAUACAGAGAUAUAAAGUGACCAUGUUGCCUCUUGUCCCACCUCUCGUCAGGCAAUUGGCUCAGUCGCCACUCACGGAUAAAUAUGAUCUUUCGUCCGUGAUGACUGUCGUGAGCGGAGCCGCGUACUUGCCCCCAGACGUAGCGCAUGAGUUUGGCCGCAAGCUGCCCCAAGGAACACCCGUUCCCUCGGGAUAUGGGCUUUCUGAAGCAGCAUCCAUCGCGCAGCCGAUAGCCGAAGGGAUGUUUGGUCUCUCCCUCUCCAAACCUGGUACGAUCGGACACCUGCUCCCCGGCGUGGAAGGCCGUGUUGUUGAUCCCGAUACACUCGAGCCCGUUCCCAAGGGAUCAAACGGUGAGUUGUGGGUUCGAGCGAACGUUGUCACUCCAGGUUACUUCCGCGACCCGAAAGCCACGGCCGAAAUCUUCACGGAGCCGGGGUGGCUCAGAACGGGAGACCUCGUCAUGCGGGAUGCGGAGGAUAGACUUCAUUACCUUGAUCGAUUGAAGGAGAUGAUCAAGGUCAAGGGCCUCCAAGUCGCUGCGACUGAGGUCGAGGACACGCUCCUUUCGCACCCUGACGGCCUUGUCAAGGAUGCAUGUGUCGCCGGUGUCGACAACGGUCGCGGAGACGGCAGCCUGUUCCCGCGUGCGUGGGUCGUUCUCUCAGAAAAAGGGAAGCGCAUCAAGGCAAGUGUGGUUGUACAGCAGCUUGAUGAGUUUGUAAAGAGUAGACUCUCGAAACAUAAGCACCUUGCCGGCGGACUUGAAAUCGUGGACUCCAUACCACGAACUCCGUCGGGGAAGAUGCUUCGACGGGAAAUGCGCGAUCGAUACCAUGCAAGGAUAAAGGCGGAAAAGCCAAAGGCAAAGAUAUGAUCCCUCUGAGAAGUGUAUCGACAUUUACAA